UGCUGCCUGCCACAGCACCUCUGAUGCCUCGUAUGGACGAGGAAGUAUUCAGCCCUCACUGGAUCAAAUGCUCUCAAUUCAUUUCUGCUGGAUAUAGCCUGCUGUGUGGGAGGAAUUGAGCGAUAUAAUCGUCGUUCGGCCAAGCCCAAGUUGUACUGCGACCCUUGCCCGACCUUACAUGCUGGCUGAACUUCCUCAACGGUCCCCUCGCACUCUCCCGUUUGUGCUCGUCCAACUCAAUGAAGCACCAGCCCUCAGGUGCAUGCCCGAAUUCCAUUGUCAAGAUGGUCCAGCGCCUUUGUGAGACAUAUCAUCGCACUCCCUAUCGAUAAGUGAGCCGCCAUUUUGGGCAGCGAGGCAGGUAUUUGUACUUCUUCCCAAGGCGCUGCAUUUCAACGGCCGUCAUUCUUCAAUGAGGCGAACCUCGGACCGUCAUCCUCAACCCAACACAGUCAAUCACAUCUGCGAGCAUGGCCCCCAAGCGAUCAAGUCCUGCCUCUUCUGGUGCUGCCCAGCCCGACCAGAAAAGAAUCCGGCCUCAGAGGGGUGCUGCCACCAAAGCAUCAACCAUCAUCACCCAGGCAGCUCGAACGGAGAGCAGUCUUGAACACAGCCUCAGCAUCCCCCCCGAGGACCUGUUGCGCGCGACACUCGCCCCCCUCAGGGACACGGAGCAGAAUGACUGGAAGGCAUGGGUGGAGAUCGAGUCUGACCCGGCCUUCUUCAACGGCUUGCUCCGCGACCUCGGCGUGCAAGACAUCAAGGUGACGGAGCUCUUCUCCGUAGACGACGUCGACUUCCUCCCCCAGCCCGUGCUGGGCUUCGUACUGCUGUGCAAGUACGCCCACGAGGACGAGGAGGGCACCGAGGACGUCCCCGAGCCCCUCUGGUUCGCCAACCAGACCAUGGCAAACGGCUGCGCCACCGUGGCCCUGCUCAACAUCCUGAUGAACUCGCCAGCGGUGCAGCUGGGCGACAAGCUGAGCGAGUUCAAGAGGGCGACCCAGGACCUCCCGUCCUUCCAGCGCGGCUACCUCCUCGAGUCCGAGGCGAGCAUGCGCACCAUCCACAACGCCUACGCGCGCCGUCUCGAGCUCCUUAACGCGGACCUCCUCCUCUCCAACGAGUACGACGAGUGCAAGGGCGUCCCCAAGCCCGAGAGGGCCCCCCGGGCCGGCGCCGGCGGGAAGCGCAAGCCCAAGAGCCAGAAGCAGGCCAAGCCCAAGAAGAAGAAGGCCAAGGACGACGAGGCCUGCCACUACAAGGCCUUCGUGCCCCUCGACGGCAAGGUCUGGAUCCUCGACGGCCUGGAGUGGAACCCCGUGUGCCUGGGCGACGCGGCCGCCGACGCGUGGAUCCCGCUCGCCAUCGGGGGCCUGGUCAAGAAGCUCAGCGUCGCGGGGGACUUUGCGAGCAUCCUGGCCAUCUGCCAGAGCCCGGCCGCCGCGCUGCGCAGGGAGCUCGCCGUCAACAUCAAGACCCUCUCCGUCGCGCGCGCCGACGUGCCCCUGGACGCGGCGCCCGAGCCGGCCGAGGGCCGCUUCUACCUCGAGACCGUCAGCGAGCCCCAGCUGCGGCAGUAUGGUGUGUCAUGGGCCAUGCUCGACGAGACCGAGCCGGACGAGUCGCGGCUGGCCGGGGCUGAGGACGACCUGGGGCUUGAUCUUGUGCGGCGCCUCGAGACCGAGCAGGCCCGGAUCCAGAGCGAGUACAACCAGGAGAUGGGCCUCAUACGCCAGGACGAGGAGAGCUGCACCGGGCGGAAGAAGAACUACAUGCCGCUGGCCAACAAGUGGGUUGAGAAACUGGCCAACCUGGGUGUCCUCGAGGGGUUGUUGGAGGAGUCCAACUGAUGCAGAGGGGGGAUGGCCCGCGAGGGAGACGCGAGCAAGAUGUUAGGUGGCGUGGACUUUUUCUGAAGAUACCCUGGAGUAAGUGAGGUCCGAAGGCAACCGGUGGAUCUGCUCCGCCACACCGUCACAAAUGAACUGUUCGUUGUUUGGUCCAUUUCUCCCAUGGUAGAGUUCUCUAACCAUAUCGAUGGCCCACACCAGUGUUUUGUCAAAAGAAA